AUGUCCAACAGCAGCUCCAUCACCCAUUUCCUCCUCCUGGCGUUCGCAGACACAAGGGAGCUGCAGCUCCUGCACUUCUGGCUCUUCCUGGCCAUCUACCUGGCUGCUAUCCUGGGCAAUGGCCUCAUCAUCACCACCAUAGCCUGUGACCACCACCUCCACACCCCCAUGUACUUCUUCCUCCUCAACCUUUCCUUCUUAGAUCUUGGUUCCAUCUCUACCAUUCUUCCCAAAUCCAUGGCCAAUUUCCUCUGGGACACCAGGGCCAUCUCCUAUGCAGGAUGUGCUUCUCAACUUUUUUUCUUUUCCUUUUUUCUUUCAGCAGAGUAUUUUCUUCUCACCAUCAUGUCCUACGAUCGCUACGUUGCCAUCUGCAAACCCCUGCACUAUGGUACCCUCCUGGGCAGCAGAGUUUGUGUCCAGAUGGCAGCAGCUGCCUGGUCCUGUGGCUUUUUCACUGCUCUGCUGCACACAGCCAAUACAUUUUCACUGCCCCUCAGCCAGGGCAAUGUUGUGGACCAGUUCUUCUGUGAAAUCCCCCAGAUCCUCAAGCUCUCCUGCUCCAGAUCGCACCUCAGGGAAGCUGGGCUUAUUGUGGUUACUGCCUCUUUUUCGUUUGUCUGUUUUGUGUUCAUCGUGGUGUCCUAUGUGCAGAUCUUCAGGGCUGUGCUGAUGAUCCCCUCUGAGCAGGGACGCCACAAAGCCUUUGCCACCUGCCUCCCUCACCUGGCCAUGCUCUCCCUGUUUGUCAGUACUGCCAUGUUUGUCUAUCUGAAACCCUCCUCCAUCUCUUCCCCAUCCCUGGAUCUGGUGGUGGCAGUUCUGUACUCGGUGGUACCUCCAGCAGUGAACCCUCUCAUCUACAGCCUGAGGAACCAGGAGCUCAAGGCUGCCCUGAGCAAACUGCUAACUGAAUGA